GCCGCCGUCUCGUCUUCCUGAGCAGGACACAAACCCUAGCAAAACUGAAAGAAACGAUUAAAAACGGAGCCCUCCCGCCGACCCUUGUCGAGAUCCACUGCGCCCCCAUGACCCUAAGGCCAUCGGAGAGGAGGCGGACCUGCGGCGGCGGCGGCGGGAGGCAAAAACCCUAGCUUUUUGUGGAGGAGAAGGAGGAGCCAAAGAAGUUCGACCUCUCGGAAAGAAUCCUGGCGGGAAGAAAAGCGCGCGCCGCUCGCUCACCCACAGUUUUCGCGGUAAAUAACAGGCUUCGCGUACCUUAUCACGACACCACAUCGGCAGAAAACGCAAAACAGCAAACCCUCCUCCUACAACACCGCUUUUCCCCAUCUCAUUCGCAUCGACCUAGUCGUGCUGCGCCACGGCCGGCCGGCCGGCCGCGCGGCCCUCAGCUCAACUCCUCCGCCGGAGGACAGGCCUCUUGCGUCUGUGCUCCCACCCGCGAUGUCCAGCAACAAGGUACUUUGGGGGCCACUCCAAAAGCUAGAUCCGGUCCUCCCUUGCUUCAUAUGAUAGCUAAAUUGAAUUUUUUUCUUGUUGCUCGGCAUCAACUACCAUGAUUUGUAGCUACCAUACACACAUACGAUUGAUUUUGAUUAGUAUUGGCUUGCAAGGGGGUAAGGAGGAGGGAGAAGGGUCCAGAUGCGUGGGGUAGGUAUGAUGCUACCUGAGGUUAGCGUAGGCUGGACGCGGGUGGGGUUUGGGAAGUGGCGCCCAGCUGCGUUGAUUUGGUCCUUAAUUUGGUGGGGACAGAAUCUUUUUUGUUUGCGAGGCGGACGCGAGUGCGAUUUUCAUUCACUCACGUACGACAGCUCGCAUGAGUGUUUUCCUUUUAAGGGGGUGUACCGCGAUCAACAAUCUGGCACCCGGGUGCCAGCGAGUCGCGUCCUUUUUUUCUUCUGAAAAAAAAAACUCAGUUCACAUUUCCAUGGCUCAUCCAUCCAUCCCGCCACGUUCUCGUCGUUGCCUCACAAAGCUGUCCCCGAUCACACGCGCUAACCCUAAAUAAAACCGCCACGCCGACGCCGACAGACGCCCACGUCCGUAGAGGCACGCACAUCGCAUCGGUCGUCUCCCUCCUCUCCGGCCGGCUCCUGGCCCAUUUAUACCGCCUUCGCCGGCCAUUCCCACAAGUCGUAGCACUCGCACCGCAUUCUAUCAGGUACGCCAACGACGACUUUGCAAUGCCGAGGACGCGGGCGCUGUGCUGCCUCAUGCCGUCGAAGCCCUCCGGCGACGCCCGCCGCCGCAGCAGCGCGGCUUGCAUUUGCUGCAUCGGCGCCCAUCACCGCCCAUCCGGGGGCAGCGGCCUCGCCCCCGUCGACGCGGACAACAGCAGCGUGCGCACGCCGCUCACCAGCUGCUGCGGCACCGGGGACGCCGUCCGCACGCCGCGCACCCCCAAGACGCCCUCCGCGAGGCGCCUCUGCGGCGUCCGCUCCCGCACCCCGCGCCGCGCGCAGCAGGUCCGCCGCUUCACUCCGGCACCAGCGCCGGCGCCCGCGGAACCCGCUGUUCUAGCGCGAGCGGCGGCGCCUGCUGCUCCCGCGAGGACUCCCGUGGCAGCUGCUGCAUCGGCUGGAGCGGCGCUGGCUGUUCCUCCGGUGAAGACUCCCGUGUCAGCUGCUGCGUCGGCUGGAGCGCCGCUAGUUGCUCCUCCUCCUCCUGCGAGGACUCCUGUGGCAGCUGCUCCGUCGGCUGGAGCGGCGCUGGUUGCUCCUCCUCCCGCAAGGACUCCCGUGGCGGCUGCUGCUUCGGCUGGAGCGGCGCUGGCUCCUCCUCCCGCGCGGACGCCGGGAACCCCUUCGACGCCGAUCGGGCGGACGCAGCGCGUGUGCUGCGUGACCACCACCGCGCCCGCGCAGGCCGGCAACGCCAAGUCCAAGUCGGGCACCGCGCGGCGCCGCUGGCUCAGCUCCGCCAGCAAGACGGUGGCGCAGACGCGCGGCGCGGUCUCGGGCGCCGUUCGCGACAGCACCACCAACCCGCGCAGCAACGGCGACGUCGCCAAGGCGGUCCACAGAGCGGCGCCGCUCGCGAAGGCCGUGGAGCCGGCGCCGGCGAACGAGGACGAGUCGGUCUGCUCCAACGAGGAGUACGCGCUGCUGUGCCGUGAGGGCUUCUCUCGGGAGGACGUUGCCGCCGUCACCAUCCAGGCCUACUUCCGCGCCCACCUUGCGCGGCGGGCGUUCAAGGCGCUGAGGAGCCUGGUGAGGCUGCAGGCGGUGGCGCGGGGCGCGUACGUGCGGUGGCAGGCGGAGGUGGCGGUGCACUGCAUGCAGGCCAUGGCGCGGCUGCAGGCGCGCGUGCGCUCCAGGCAGACGCUCGCCAAGCCCAAGGACAACGACGACAAGCUCCUCCUGCUGCAGAACUGAUCGAUCAACAUGCAGCACAAAAUAAAUCUGGAAACUGAUCUGGGGUUCUCGAGCGAGUCGAGUUUAAAUUGGUUCGCAUGAUGAUUUGUUGUUCAAACCUGCCUGGGUUUGUACAUCUGCGAUUGUUUUAAAUUUCGUGGUCUCCUUAUUUAUGUCGUUUUUGGGGAGUGUCGUCACCACAGAAAUUUGUAACUCCUGCAUUUUGAAACAUACCGUUUGUGUUUUCAGUUUUGCCAAUAUUCAGUUAGUCCGAAAUUAUCGGUCGCC